CUUGUUCCAGCACAGGAAUUGUGUUCUGCAUAGUCCCAUAGACGGGAACUGAAUCAUGGAAAACAGCUCUCAGGAAACAAGUAGAGAUUUUUGCCCAGUACUGUUUUCAUCCUCUGCUUGCCUCCAAGUGUGCUAGGAGUAAAAAUAGGAGUUGAGAAAAGUCGAGACGAAUUUUCUUCAUCAGUCUUUUGUGACUUUUGUAUGUUCAGAAUGAAACGAGGAAGGAAAACUAAUGAGGCCAACAGCAGUUCAUCUGAAGACACAACUGAGAAGGAAUGCAAGAGACACAAGGUUGUAGAAAAGAAAACCGCAGUUGUGCAGAGUCCUGACUGGGCAAACCUGCUCCAAGACAUUAUCCUGCAGGUGUUCCAGUAUUUGCCACUUCUGGAUCGUGCUCAUGCAUCCCAGGUGUGCAGGAGCUGGAACCAGGUGUUUCACAUGCCUGAUCUCUGGAGGUGCUUCGAGUUUGAACUGAAUCAACCAGCCACAUCCAACCUGAGGACUACGCACCCCGAACUCAUCAAGCAGAUAAUAAAGAGGCAUUCCAACCACCUGCAGUAUGUUAGCUUCAAGUCUCACUUUAUUUCUGCACUGACAGUGGUGUUUGUGAACUCUAAAUCUCUCUCUUCACUGAAGAUUGAUGACACACCAGUAGAUGAUCCAUCUCUCAAGGUUCUGGUGGCUAACAACAGCGACACACUCAAACUGUUGAAAAUGAGCAGUUGUCCUCAUGUUUCUCCAGCUGGUAUCCUUUGUGUGGCUGACCAGUGCCACGGCUUGCGUGAGCUGGCGCUGAACUACCACCUGCUGAGCGACGAGCUGCUGCUUGCUCUGUCUUCUGAGAAACACGUCAGGCUAGAACACUUGCGCAUUGACGUUGUCAGUGAAAAUCCCGGACAGACUCAGUUCCACACGAUUCAGAAGAGCAGCUGGGACGCUUUCAUCAAGCAUUCUCCUAAAGUGAAUCUAGUCAUGUACUUUUUCUUGUACGAGGAGGAGUUUGACCCGUUCUUUCGUUACGAGAUCCCCGUCACUCACCUGUACUUCGGGCGCUCGGUCAGCAAGGACGUGCUGGGCCGCGUGGGGCUGACGUGCCCGCGGCUGGUGGAACUGGUGGUGUGUGCCAAUGGAUUGCGGCCGCUGGACGAGGAGCUCAUCUGCAUCGCCGAGCGGUGCAAGUACCUGUCGGCCGUGGGCCUCGGGGAAUGUGAAGUCUCCUGCAGUGCCUUUGUUGAGUUUGUGAAGAUGUGUGGCGGUCGCCUCUCUCAGCUCUCUAUUAUGGAGGAAGUUUUGAUUCCUGAUCAGAAAUACAGCUUAGAGCAGAUUCACUGGGAGGUUUCAAAACAUCUUGGUAGAGUCUGGUUCCCAGACAUGAUGCCCACUUGGUAAAGUCCUUAAAAGACUCCAGGGCGAGUGGAGUAGCACCUUAAACCCAAGCUUACCAUAUUGCAAUUUCCUGUAUAAGCUUAUUUAAUAAUAUAGAUUUUACUGCAAGUUAAUUAAUGGUUUGAUUCAAAAAUCAAUCUUUCUUUCAAAAAUUGUUUUGGAACUUAAGAACCAGAAAUAAAGUUCACAGCUCCAAAACCUGUUUUCAUCCAAACAAAAUUCAGCUUUCUGUUUUAGAUUUAUUCUUUGUCAUUACAAGUGACCUCAAACGUUUUUGGAAAUAAAAAAAAAAAAAUAUUUAAAAUAUUGAAAUGUACUUGCAAAAUACCAGUUUUGAUAUGCUGUUUUUCCUUGAUUUAGGUUAGUAGUAUUGGACAUAAUCAUAUUUGUUCUUAAAAAGCCAAACAAAACCCCACAAAAAUUGCAUGCUUUUGUUGCAGACUGUAGCAUUUCGAAGUCCAGUCACCUCGAUGACAAGAUGGCAAUUAUAAGAAGUGUUUAGUAGCCCUUAAAAUACACACAUUCUGUUAAGUCAUAAAGGCAAGAGCAAUACACUAUAAUAAGUUUAGACAACUAAAGCAGUAAGUUUACCACCUUAUUCAACAGAUUAUUAGAUCCAUCUAAAAUAUAUUUAGAGCGCUAACGACCAGUAGUGUGAGCUACCAAAAGCAGUGUGGGGUUUUUUCCACCCUCUAUGCAUUUUAAUGUAGUUUGCUUAUGGGGUCUCAGAUCUGCGUCUAAACCUGUUUUAAGGUAUUUUAUGUCUAGCUCAGGAAGCGAAAGCAUUCUGGGGAAAAAUGUAGAUACAUUGUAUUUAAAACCACACUGGAGUUAAUGAGCUUUUCUUGCACAUUAACCGGUUUGGCAGCAUACAGUGAGAUGGAAUAAUGUAUGGUUUGUGAAAUGAACCCAGCAAUGUUAUUCUGAUGACGUGGGUGUGAGCAGUGGGAGGUGAGAAAGGUAAAAUUUGAAUGUUGACCAAGAACCUUUUCACAAAACCUUAGACCUUUUGGCUGCUUUCAGUUUGACAGAAAUGACGUUGGAACAGUUGCUUAAGCUGUAUAAACUUAACUGUAUACUGUAAAUCUGUUUCAGAAAUGUUUAUGUAUAAAGUGGAUGUUUGAUAGAUAAUAAUUUUUGUAUACCUUUAAUUCAGCUAGUUCUGUCAUUUCAUAAUAUUUAACAACCCAAAAGGAGUAGACUUGGUGAAGUAGAGCAAUAGGCAAAAAUUUGUUUUGAACAUUUGAUAAAUCAGUUUUAUUAAAGAAAGUUUUUAGUUUGUCAGUGGUGUAGGCAAGGCACUGCCUGUGAUCCGGAUGUGGCUUGUGACUUCAUUUCUUACUGCCAACAGUUAUUUUCUCUUCGGUUACUGAUGGUAACACUGAAGUGUUGGCCGGACAGCUGCAUGUUUGAGAGAUGUGGUCAGCCCUCAGCAAGGCAGAGCUGCCCCCGCAGGCUGGGUUGAGCUUAGCUGGUGGCUGCUUCUCACUUGAGCUGUACAGCCCCUGCUGGUAGUAAGUAGAUUUCCUUCAUCUCUGAUUUCAGUCUUGUUUAUCCAAAUGUAUAAUUUAGUGUAAUACACUUAUGAGUGUAUUUAAGUUCAUAACUAUAUUUUGGGCAAACAAUGCUCAGCGGACUGGACAUCUUUAUAGGGGAGUUGUAUGUUUCUGUAGAGCUUUGAUUUAAAAAUUGCAUUUUAUGAAAUACACGGUUUUUGUAUUAGAAUUUGUUAAAUUAAUGUAAUACUAUAAUUUGCUUUUAUUUGUACAAAAGGUGUCAAUAUAUUUAGUCCGUAAAAGUAAAAGAGCUCUGUGUCUUUUAUAACCUGUCUCUCAGAACUGCCAGUAUGACAGUGGUGGAGUAACACUUGUAGUCUGGCAAAAAGGAUUUAGUUUUCACUACAUUCAUGUGAAAUAAUACCAUUAGUAACAGAGCCAAAACAUCUUUGGACCUUGACUGCAGGUGUCCUCAUACUGGCAAGGUAAGUCACCAACAUGCUGGUUAUGGGAAUAACUGCAAGGCAAGGCACUACCUCGAUAUCAGAUCCCACUCCUGGAAUUCCCACCUUUGAAACCCAGCGUUCUGCUGCUCACAGAGGCCUCUGUCAGACCCUGGUGUGAGGAACAUAGUGGGAGCUGAAGGUGGCAGGGUUGGUUGUAGCAGAACUGCUUCCCUAGCAGAGUAAACUGGGGAAGGCUGUGUUGUUGCACCGACAUCAAAAAGUCCUUUCUGAAUGCAACACCACAUUAUACCAGUUACUGAGAUGUUCAGCACAAGGAAGCUGCUUAAAAACAAUUUUCUCUCUCUUCCAGUGGAGAUCAGCAGAUUUUAUACAUUGAAUCAAUGACUGCACUCUUCAUUCAGAUAAUCCAGCUAUAACACAAACUUGCCAAGCAAGCCUACAGUGCUUUUUGAGCAAAUUCUGUACAUCGUAUGUUGUCUUCUACAUGUUCAAACAAAUGAACAGUAAAUACAUUAAAAACAUGGCACAAGUUGUAAAGAGUACCACAGACUCACAAAGUUCACUAGAAACAUGAACAUAAGUGACAUAGAUGUGUUCAUAGUGUCACUUUUCCCUGAGUUCACCUUCAUUUCUUAUUUUCAGAAUAACAGAACUCAUUGUUGGCUCAGCUGUCCAGUUUUGGUUAGGAGCUGAUGUGUGCGGUAACAAAUCUUACCUCUGCACCCAAGUGUGAAUCAUAAGUUACGAUAUUGAAGGCAGUGGCUCUCCUGCUCCAGAACAUCUGUGGGUGGGUUUGAGAGGGGGAAGGCAGAGAGCAUUGGUACCAGUGCUGUCCAUUGCACGGCCCUUUGGGAAACAGGAGCAGCACACUCCAUUUGACCUUGAUGGACGAUGAGCCAGGAUCUGCUUCCUGGAAUGAAGUGUGGCUUAGAACCCCAAGCAGCCCACAGGCGUGGCAAUGCAGCAGUUUUGCACUUUAGACUACUGUGCCAACUUGGAAAUUGUGGUAGCACAGAAUGCUUGUGUAUUUUUGUCCUCAAGUGCAACAUGUGUACGAGCAGGGAACAGAACCAGGCACAGCCUAAAGUGAUGAACAAGUCCUGUAUUCAAAGUGUGAGUAAAGACUGAGUGACAGUGACACAAUGCCAGGCUUAUCCUUGAGCCUGGCAGUUUGGACAGUCCCCUGGUUCCUACUGUUGGUCAAGUGCUAAUGCCACCUGGCUGUGAGUGCAAUGACAUGAGAUCCUACCUAUUUCUGCUCCCUGUGUGACUUUGGGGAGGAGGCCAUCCUUAAGUGUUUGAGGUGAACAUGUGGUUUUCAGUCAAACAGAUCAUGAGGGGCACAGAAGCUGUUGGCAAUAUUUAACACUUCCUUUUUAAGUUACAAAAGUGUCAUUUUUAUGGAUUUAUUUCUGGGCUUGUCUAAACUUUGCAGAAUUAGUCUAUUCAUCAUCUCUGUGUUUUCUUGGAUCUUACUCUGUAGGCCUAACUCAAGGAUUAUGGACUCUGCCUACAAGAGAGCACUGCACUCAACAACUUCAACUCAUUCCAGUGCAGUGGUUGCAGUUUAACUGCAACGAUGGCCCCUCUUUCAGGACUGCAGUUUGUACUGGUGGAGUUUAUUCCCAUCCAGCUGUGCAUUCAGUCUGAACAAUUAAUUACCACAAAACCCCCCACCCAGUUGACAGACACAAAGAAAGUGCGAGUGCUCUCUCUCCAACCCCUGUGCCUAGAAGGAAUAAAUACUCAGAAGGAACUCAUGUAUGUUUCAUAAAGGUCAGCUCCUACAUUGACAAUUGGUACCUUUAAAUCGAGGAUAGUGUACAAAGUGUGAAGCAGACACAUGUGGGUGCAUGGAGGAAUCCCCACAUCAGUGGCAGUGUGAUCUAUGGGCUUGGUUCUGUGGUCCUGUUUCCCCUUCAGAGCUUGGAAUGCUGGUUUGUGAUGUUGAGGCUUUUUCCUGGGAAGGUAAAUGUGGUUUUAACAACACUGAGGGUUACAAAGUCAUAAAAACGUGCAUUAAUGAAAAUGUGACUUCUGUUGACAGGCUUGCUGCAACCCCCUUGAUUUCCCAAGAGCUUCCUGGAUUGCCUUCCUAGUAGUGCUGUGUGGUGCUUGGUUGCUGGCUGGGGUGAAAGCAUGACAAAAUCCAAAGCUGAGCUCAGUCACAAGGGUCUGUGACUUUGGCUAAAAAGACUCAAGUCUUUCAGUCUGAGGCAAAAGAUGAAGUUUCACUUAACAGUGGAAGAGAGGAGUGCUCAUCCCCUCAUUCCUCUCUCAGUACCUCUCACGCUCAUCCCAUUACAUGAUAAUGCAAUUCAACUAAUUAAUUCUAGUGACUUUCUGAAUACAAGGGUAAUUUUCUGCCAUUCUUGUUAUUUGAAUCCAAGCACUGUGUAUUCUGCUCUCUGGCUGCAGCUGGCUAUUAGCUUGGCUCAAGCCAAAUGAAACUGCAGAGUUGGGUUCCUGUGUUCCUGCUUGGCCCCAAGAAGGCAAUAACCUCUGCAGGAGCACUAUUCAUUCCACAGCUAGUUUUAGAAACAAAAUCAAAGUGAGCAGUGAACACUUGGAAAUAAUUACAUUGCUGCAGCUGUGUUUUUUCUGUGUGCAAGCACCACAGUAGUUUCCAGAAAGCCAGUGUUCCUCUGGCUCUAGUUCCCUUUAAACACAAGGGACCAACUAGUUACCAAAGUGCUCUAGGCUGAGUCUGGAACAGGACUCACAGCACCACUAUGCAAACAUCACUGCCAGCAAGAGGCUGCAGUCACACUUUAGAGGCAGCUGUGUGACAAGCAUGGAUUUUUAACUACAAUGCUGAUGCCCUACAACCUGUCAUUACUUUUUGCUUAUUAGGAUUUCUAUGCUUUCUUAAAAAAAUGAAAAGGAGUAUUUACAAGUUCUAUGAAGCUGACCCAACUGAAGCCUCAAGUAGACUUUAAGACAGACAGGUAGAACACUGCAAUUAUGUAUGAGUUGACAACAAAAUAGGCAGUUUGACUUUUAUCUGUGCCACAGAACACACGUCAAUCUGAAGAAGAGCCAUCUGUAUUGUGUUUACAAUGCAGUAGAAGGAAACAAAGUUGUGAAAAACCAACACCCAUGCCAUCCUCCAGUACAUUCACUGCCCUAGAAUACCAGAGAAAGGUUCAUAGGUCCCGGCUGUACCAACCAAAGAACUAUAGGAACACCAGGACAAGGCACAUGUUGAAGGAACUGGACGCAUCAAGACACUCACACUGAGCGAGUUAGUCCUUGUAACUUGUGUCCCACCUCUGUUGGUGGCCAGGUGCCAUCUGCUGCCACGUGGCCAUGCAUGUGGAGAGCACCUGAGCCCAGAGCAGGCAGCUGCCUCCCCCCUCCCCCUCUGGCACUGCAGAGCUCAGCCAGAGCAGCCACUGCAGUCUCCCUACAGGCAGCAGGGGCCGUGGUUGCACAGAAGCUGGCCAGGUCAGACAUGCUGAAGCAUUCAUGAAUGUGUUAUACAGGUAGUAAGAA